AUGUCUCCUGACGCAGAGGUGGCCGGAGAGAUUAAAGCGAUGUCUUUCCAGCGCAAUGUCUUUCGUGCGUGUGACCUGGUCGUGUACGUGAUGGGUACCGGUGCUACGAUCACCGAUGCAUUCGACCGCUGCUUGGAAUAUAAUCCUGGAGCAAUUUCCUGUCCUAAGAAGCAUCGUGGUGGGCUCUCGGGGGAGAUUCGCCAGAUAUUUUGUGGAUAUCGGACUACGGCGACAGAUCUCGAUCUGUGUCAUUUGUUGGAUAAAGCAUUUCGACAUGCCAGCGAGAAGACCCUGUGGGGCAAACGAUUCAUGGAGAAGCAGACUGGGAAGGAUGCUCAGCUAAUGGCAAUAUCGUACACGAAUGUUGAUAUCAAGCGUUCAGCAGCCGAACCACCACUCGAAAGAAGACAAGUUGAGACGUACGAGAACGUGGCCGCUCAUAUGGUCUUCUGUGAGUCGCGAAAAUGUGGGGUGCGGGGAAUUCUUUUCGGUGACUUCUUCGCUGGAUUGCAUGGAAAAUUGCAGGAGAUGUACAAGCCGAUGGAAUUGGCUAUUGGUGCUACCAAGGAAAAGCCUGCUGCCAGUAAACUUUGGGCAGAGUAUAAACCUCUUAAGAAGCUGUUCGAUAUGAUGAUUCCCUUUGUGGCUCCUCCGAAUGCUGUGUGGCAGCAAUGCAUCCUUGAAACUCUGGCAACCAAGGCUGCAACGGAUGGUACCAGAGGUGGUGUGUACGUGAAAGACAUGGAUAACCCACGCUUUUUAUUUGUGAAUGCAAACAGACAUGAUGAAGGGGGUACUUUGCGGGCUGGGUGCUGCGUGGGAGAUAAAGUGGGCGGUUGUGCUGGUGUUUUGUGUGAGACUGGCGAGCUGUAG